UUAACGCCGUCGAGCUCCGCCUGAGCCUUCGUGGUCCGGAGGAGACUCGCCGGGGAGGAGGUUCUGGAAUCCACCUGCCGGAGACCGGAGACACACCUCGCGAUGGACGCGCUGAAAUCCGCCGGCAGAGCGAUCAUCAAGAGCCCGGGAGUCCCGCGGCACACAUGGGGAACUUCCAAGCACGAGAAGCUGCCAGAGAACUGGACGGACACCAAGGAGACGCUGCUGGAGGGGAUGGUGUUCAACGUGAAGUACCUGGGUAUGACACUGGUGGGUCAGCCCAAAGGAGAGGACAUGGCUUCAGCUGCCAUUCACAGAAUCGUCACCACGGCCAGAGCCAGUGCCAAGAAGUUUCGGAAAGUGACCCUGACAGUGUCCCCGAAAGGCAUCGUCAUCACAGACACGGAGACCACAGACCUCAUUGACAACGUCUCCAUAUACAGAAUCUCGUACUGCACAGCAGAUAAAACUCAGGACAAGGUCUUUGCGUACGUCUCCCAGUGUCAGUUCAACGAGACACUGGAGUGCCACGCUUUCCUCUGCCAGAAGAGGAAGAUUGCUCAGGCUGUGACCUUAACCGUAGCCCAGGCCUUUAAAGUGGCUUUGGAUCUUUGGGAGAUUGCUCAGGAAGGCAAAGGCAAGAAGACCAGGCCCUGCUGCUCCUGUGCACCAAGCGACACGCCCACAGAGACAACAGACAGUCAGUGUGUUCCAGAAGCGGCCCACAAGCCCGUCCGGAUGGAGGAGAGACUCCGGUCUCGGCCUUUCUUCUCCGCCGCCCUCAGCUCGCUCUCACCUCGUAGUAACCCCUCUCGAAGGCGGCCGAUCAAACAUGACUCUUGGGAUGUGGAGGAUGGACUCGAUGAUGCGUUCUCAAGCAACAUGGAGGUAGAGAUGGACACCGACUGGCCGAGUCCCGCUCCGAACCCAUCCCUGACGAUGCAGCUCUGAGUCCCCGGGAUGUCUGCACAGAGGAUCUGUAGUCAAUCUGCAACAUGGAUUUUUUUUUCAAGAACUGCCUAAUUUACACUGUCACAACAAAAUCAUAUCACAGUCCCUGAGAUAAAAAAAAAACCCAGCAUACAUCAACUGAACAGGGAGAAAAUAAACACGCUCCCUGGUGCAUAACCAGGAUCUGAUAGGCUGUGUUUGAAAUGCAGAGGCUGCUGCAGAGGAGCCAGAAUGAAGAAUAUCUUAAGCUGCAGUUUCUGUGAAUACUCCGCAACACACAAAUUACCGAUCAUUGUUGUUGUUCAAAUACUGCUACAUGAACGACAGAAGAUGAGAAAAGUGAUAUAUUUCAACUAAAAAACAUAAGAUUAUCUUCAUUGGCUAACGUUGGCCCAUUACAUAUGUGUUGGUAUUGACAUGUGUGUAAAUAUGAAAACCUCGUAGAGAAGAGAAAAGAAAAGAUGCUUUGUACCAAAUUUAGCUUCUAUAUACCAAGUUGAUCAACUAUCUAAGUUCCAAUUCUAAAUUCUCCAUUGUUGCCCCCUGACGAGACUCAGAUGAACAGAAACCAUUAAACAUAGAGCAACGACUAUGAUAUCAAUACAAAUGAACCAGCAACCUAUGGUUCACUUAUAAUAUGAAGAAUACUGGACAAUAAAUAGAUACUGGAAAUGUUUCACUUACAGACUGACUAUUGUACCAAGUCUCCUCCUUUUAAUUUUACAAUGUGUAAAAACACUGUAGCACAUGGAUUCCACUAGUAAAUCCCUGAUGAAGAUUUACUUUGCGUUAAAAAAACAAUAUAUGUGUGUGUGUGUUUGUGUGUGUGUGUGUGUAGGCUACCAUCAAUCUCUGAAAAUGUGAGAGCUCUCAGAUCUUGUUCAUCUGACAAGCGACUGGCAGCUGUUCCUCCUGCCACAGAAGCUGAGAGAAUUAUACAUUUGUCCUUGAGUGUGUUGCGCUGAUUGGAGCACUUCUGUUGACAAUGACACAGCAUGUGAUGUAGUAAUUAGACACACUGUCCCCAUGUGUCAUCUUCUUAUUGAUGGCAGCGUAAAUGCAUCGUAAUGAAAACCGCAGUCAACAACCACAAGCAACUUAAACAACAUAAAUGAAGGAGAUCGAUUAUCUAAUGACAUCAUUUAUCGAGCUCCAAAAACCCCAGAUCCUACAUUUCCCAUAAUGCUUGUUGUUGUAAAGUCGUGGUCUCCGAGUUCAAGUGGUGAUGACAUCACUAUGACAUCAUCAGGGUUAUAUUGUUAAACUUUGUCCGGAGCCACAACCAAAUUCAUAUGUAAGAUUUUGCAGAAUGUGUGGUACUCAUAGGCUGUAAAUCAAGAUGGACGACAUGACAGCUCCCAAAAAGUGAAGCCAAAGCAUCUCCUUCUCCCCCUGGUGGCUGUCUGCAAUAUAGGUUGUUAACAUGCGCAACUGAAGUACAUGUGAAAACAUGUAGUUCUUAUAACGCUGGUGUAUGUUCUAGUGUGAAAACAUCAUGAUUGAUAGCUAAUACUGACUUGCAAUUGGCCGAGAGUGUGUAUUUGUCAGCCUCCGGCUCUGUGGCUUCACUUCUGUAGGAGGAAGGGCAGAUGCCUCGUCCAUCUUUAGAUACACAGUCUGUGGUUGGACAAAACAUGAUGAGUAAAGUGAACUUGAUAUGUAAAAUCUGUGCAGUGCCCAUUCAAGGUGAACAAAUUUGUAGAUGGUUUUACAUCAAAUACAUUUAAAUAAGAGCGAAUACAAACUCACAACCUUACUGUUGUAGAUAAAUCAGUCAUCAGGAUUAUAAUCCACUGACGACCCAUUGGUGUGAUAUAAAGAAAACUCCUAUUCAUCCCUGAACACUUCAGCAGAAACAAUGUCUCACUUAUCAUUUAGCUGCCGCAGUCUGAAGACCGGUUACAAAGACAGCGGUACGACAAGGCCAGACAUUUCAAAUAAAGAAACCUAUUUCCGUAUGCUGUAUUUUUUCAACGUCGGAGCUGUGCAACACAUGUAUGCAUAUUGUAUGUAUUGUAAAUGAAGUAGGAAUUCACACAGGUCGUUGUUUUUAAUGAUAAUUAUCACUCGUUGAUAUGUGAAUGUCUACAUUGCUUGUAUGUUUUGCUUGUAGGUUAGACAAUUUAUACAAAUCUAAUUGUAUGUGGUUUUUAUUUCUUUAUUUUUUGAUACUAGUUGGUAACUCUUGAAUUGGUAAGGCC